AUGCCGUACAGCCGCACUUCAAGAUGGUCAUCGCCGACCGAAUUGACCCACAUUUUGGAUCAAGACGGCACCCCUCUCCCUACGGCUAUCUGGGCUAAAAUGACACAGGAGCAACUUGAAAUAUAUGUCUGGCACCUCCGCACUCUUGAGAUCACCAAAAUGCUCAGGCUUCCGGAAUCGACUCUCCCGGGACGAGGCGAGGUGAGGCAAUCCCGCCGUGCCGCGUCUCCCGACCCAGAGUACGACGCGGCUGGCCGCCGCACCAACACGCGUUCUCAACGCCGCCGCCAUGCUCUCGUAGCUGAGAGGCACGCCUGCGUCGAAGGCAUAGUCGCGGCUGUGCCUGCUUACCGCACGCCCACCGACUACCGACGCCCGACGCAGUUCGUUGAUCGCCUGUUCAUCCCCAGCACCGAGUAUCCCGGCGUCAACUUCAUUGGUCAGAUUCUUGGACCAAGAGGGCAAAGUCUCAAAGAAUUGCAACAGCGUUGCGCAGCGAAUAUUUCCCUCCGCGGCCGGGGCUCUGUUAAGCAAGGAAGGGCUAACGUCCGACGAGGGGGCCCGGUACGCUCCGAAGAUGACAGUGGCCAGCCUCUUCAUGCUCUCAUUUCUGCUGACUCGAGAUACAAGGUUCAAGAGGCGAGGCGGCUUGUGCAGCAGGUUGUCGACGAUGCCAUCUCCUCGCCUGAGGAGCAAAACGAUCGUAAGAAGAAGCAGCUUCGGGAUCUGGCCAUUAUGAACGGCACGUUUCGCGACGAUGAAGGUCAUCAACACACUGAUGCUUCUGGCAGAUGGGAGAGGGCAAUUUGUGACACGCAGAUGAUGGCGGAUGCUCGUACUGACCAGCAGACAGGCCCCGCUAACGACAGAUUUGAGGAAGAGUAUAGGAUGCUUAUGGAAGAUAUCCGAUACGAAACUGUGUUCAAGCCCGCCGGUGCGCAGCUGAGUGCUGUUUCUUCAUAG